GCUGCGGAAGCCAUUAGGGUUUGCGUUUUUGCACUGCUUUGGAAGUUUGUUUGUAUUGGAGAGGUUAGCGAUGGCGGCGACUCCUGCCGAGGAGUUGGGCGAAUUCUACGUCCGUUACUAUGUCGGGCAUAAGGGCAAGUUUGGCCACGAGUUUUUGGAAUUCGAGUUUCGUCCCGAUGGCAAGCUCCGCUACGCUAACAAUUCCAACUACAAGAACGACACCAUGAUCCGGAAGGAGGUUUUUCUCACUCAGGCCGCGCUGAAGGAGUGCCGUCGCAUUAUCACUGACAGCGAGAUAUUGAAAGAAGAUGACAACAACUGGCCAGAACCUGAUAGAAUUGGACGACAAGAGCUGGAGAUUGUGAUGGGGAACGAGCAUAUAUCAUUCACUACGUCAAAAAUCGGUUCUCUACUUGAUGUACAGAGUAGCAAGGAUCCUGAGGGACUUCGAAUCUUUUACUAUCUUGUCCAGGAUUUGAAGUGCUUCGUCUUCUCGCUUAUUGGUCUACAUUUUAAGAUCAAGCCUAUCUAAAUUGCAGUACAAAAUUUGUAGGCUGAAUCUUCUGAAGCACGGAUGUGGUCAUAAUUUGCGAGGUUCCCAAAUCUAUUGAAUCAGACAGAGCUGUUAGUAGUCAGGAACUUUAUAAUACUCUCAAAUUACUGUUGGACAUAGAAUUGUGUCAUUAUGCCCGACCAGGAGUUUUUCAGUUUCAGUUCUACUGUACAUUGUUUGCUUCUGAUUAAUUGGCAAAGUGUUCGAUUUUAAUGUGACUCACGGUUAUUUCAGUUGUAAUAAAUUAGAUGAUGCAGGUUAUGAGUC